CGAAUCCAACGAAUGGCGUUAGUCUGAAUUGAGUUUCUUAUUCAGAAUUCCUUCGCUUGUGUCCGCGGGAUCCGCCAGAUGUCGAGCAGUCGCAGGAGCACGCACUUCUGGAGCGAGGAGGAGACGGAUUUCCUCCUGCAGACUCUGAAGCAGAUGAACAUCGAGCGCUACAGAGACGGACGCAAGCACCGCAACAGCCUGAUCUUCCGGAGGGUGCGCGCGAGGCACCGGGAGGCCGGCUUCACGCGCUCCUGCGACCAGGUCAAGCACCGCUGGAAGACGCUCAAGGCCAUCUACUACAGAGCCAAGAGGCAGAGCAGCAGCUCCAGCUUCAAGCACUUCGACACGAUGGAGGAGAUCUUCAGGCCUCUGGUGCUCGCCUCGAACCCCAGCAGCAGCAGCAGCAGCGAGCAGAGAGACGGACCCCCGCUCUGCGACCGCGAGGAAGAGGAGGAGGAGGAGGAGGAAGAUAAUGGAGUGGAUGGUGUGGAAGGUGGAGUUCAGGAAAUCCAGUCGGUGAAGACGGAGCAGGAGCCGCUGAUCCUCACACAAGCAUCACAAGAGAGCUCCAGCACGUGCACAGAGAGCUCCAGCUCCACGCAGCAGAGCGCCGCUCCAGGCAUGCUGAAGCACAUACGCUCCUGUUGCGCUGGGCUGCACAGUCAGUAUCAGGGCUUUCUGGAGAGCCUGCAGCAGACGCAGAACGCCUGGCUGGAGCAGCAGCUGGAGCAGAGUCACGUCCGAGAGGAGCGUCUGGUGGCCCGAGUGCUGGCUGAACACACCCGAUCCAUGGAGGCUUUGGUCAACCAGCUGUUCGCAGGCUUGAGGAGCCUCCUGCCCCCGUCCUAUCCCCAUCCCCAGACGUCAGCCCUGCAGAGCAGCAGUCCUGAAUCCUGAAUCACACACCAGACUCAAGGAGACCUCAACACCUCACAUGCACUCUUCAUCAUGAGGCUUUCUCAGAGUUCACAUUCAGCGGCCCUGGACUGGUUUGUUAAAGAUAGUGAUAACUAGGGAUGGGCAAAUCGAUCCUAAAGUAUCGAUAUAUCGAUAUUGAUGCAAAUAUC